AUGGAUACCAUUACGGAGAAUCUUGCUCGUAAAUUUACGCUGACGUCAGACGAAGAAGAAGGGGUAGUGGUACCGGUUACGCAGGCUGCCGCUAGGGUUUCGGAGGUUGAAUUGUCUGUGGUUGGAAAGGUACUUUCGGCGAGAGAAUAUUCGUCCCACACCAUCAAGGCGAAUAUUCUCCGACUACUACAACCGGUGAAGGGCUGUACGUUUGAUUCCAUUGGGCCAAAUCGGUUUGUCAUUAAAUUCGAACAUCACUUAGACUUUAAGCAUGCGAUGUCAGGCUGCCCGUGGAUUAUGGAUAAACAUGCUGUGGCUUUGCAAGAACUCCAUCCGGACGACGACCCAACCACGGUAGAUCUGAAUCACAUCUCCAUGGUCGUGAGACUCUACCAAAUUCCAAUUCGUCAGAGAAAUAUGGAGAUGGCUCAACAAAUAGGCAACAAAAUUGGAGUCUUUAUGGAACUUCUGGCCCCGAAGCAACAAGUAUACACACAACAUAUGAGAGUCAAAGUGAGACUUGAUGUUACGAAAACCCUGAAGCGUGGGAUUUACCUGCAUACGUUGGAUGGAUCGAAGGAAUGGGUGUCUUUCACGUAUGAAAAGUUACCAAAUUUUUGCUUUUUGUGUGGAAUAAUCGGACAUGGGGAAAAUAAAUGCCAUCUGCGGUAUGAGGCUAAUUUCGUAGAUCCGGGAGAACAACUUCCAUAUGGUCCUUGGAUGAGAGCGUCCGUGACAAACUCUGGAGAACCAGCCCGUCUUCCUCUCCAGCCAAUGAACAACACCAACCAAAAUUCUACGAAAUCUCCAUCAAUUGGAAAAACUAGGGGGGUGAAUAUCUUUGAGUUCACAUCCCAAGGAGUGGCUAUUAGGGGUUUUGAACCAAGUUCUGUGGAAAAGGAAAACUUGAAUACGGAAUUUAUGGAUGAGUCCAAUCUCAUAAAUAAUGCUGUCCAUGUCCAGACCCUUGAGAACACAGCUUCUCCUGCUCGUAAGAUCAUCUCAAUCCCAAAGAAAAACCGAAAGAAGAAGGCCGAGGAGAUUCCAGCUUUAGAUGAACCCAGACUGGGGAAAAAACCACUCUUAUGCCUUAGAGACGAGGCAUUUAUCUCAACGGCGGAGACUGCGGAGCAGUCCCGCCGGUCGCAAUGA